CAAGUGGACCGCCUCCCCAGCCUCCCUCCAUGCGCUCGCCCGGUGCGCUGCGCGCUGAUGGGAUUUGCCCACGACAGCAACCGAGGCAGGAGAGUCCAGAGUUGGCCAGUACUUUUUUUCCUACCUUUUCUUCCAGAUUUCUCGGCAGCGGGCGAGUUGCAGCAGGUCGCACGAAGUACGGAUUACGAACUAGGCCCCCCGCUUCCGAGGCGCUCCGCAGCAACCGACCGGGGUUGCGAUCGGCUUGCGCAGAGGCGCGAGGCGCCUGUCCCACCUGCAAGCGACCGCCGCCUAAACUUGCUGCCUGGUCAGCGCCGCGGUCUCACAACUCGGCGGCGGUUGCGAAAAAGGAUGCUACAUCUCGCGCGCUGACCGCUGUUUGGGAAACAACCAACACCACUCAUCGGCAACUUCUUCAUCCCGAGAGUCGCCGCGGCUCCUUGCGCGAUGGCACCCGCGGCAAGAAAACAGCCGCGCGCGGCAGCACCGGCACCAGUACCAGCACCAGCACCAGUACCCGCUCCGGACCCUGCUUAUGAACCCGCACCCUCAGAAGCAGUCGCAGCAUCAUCCAACGCCUACAUCGACCCCAACGCCCCCGCCGCGCCUCCCGAUCCCGACGCGGCUCCCUCCCGCACCCUCGACCUCGUCCCCCGCCAGCAGCCACAAUCCCAACCAACAACGCAGUCGCCGGCGCCCGUGCAGACCUCCACCAUCCCCGCCUUCUAUGGCUCCCUCGACUCGGGUCCGGACCCGGGCGCGGUGGUGGGCAUCACGCUCGGCGCCGUCGCCGGCUUCGUCCUGCUGCUCUGGCUCAUCUACGCGUGCCUCAACCUCGGCAACGGCGGCGGCCCCAGCGAGUCGGUCACGGUCGUCACGGAGGGCACCUCGUCGGUGGUGACGCGCCGGAGCCGCCGCCACCGCCGGGAGCGGGAUACAAGAGCGCGCUCGCGCAGGCGGCAGCGCGAGGAGAUGGUCGAGAUCCGGCGGGUCGGGUCCAGCCGCGCGCGCGGCGGGCCGGUCAUCGUCGAGGAGGUGCGGGUCCGGCCGGCCUCGCCGGACGUCGAGAGGGUCGUGGUGGAGGAGCGGCGCAGGAGCGUGAGCAGGCCGGCGGCGGCGCCGCGGGUCAGGCGGGUCUCGUCCAGCGAGGGCGCGACCGAGGACGAGGUCGUGGUUAUCGAGGAGCAUAGUCCGCCGCGGAGGCAGCGGAGCCGGGUCAGGAGCGUGGAGAGAAGGUCGAGCGGGUUCAGGUAGGUGGAUCCGGACCGGUUCGCGGGCGGGAACGGGUCGAUUGUCGAGGUGCGGCGGUCGACGAGUCAGCGGCGGUGAGGGGCGAGGGUGCGGGGUUUGGUACUAUCUCUUUUUUUCUUGGUUUUUCGGGUGGAUUGCGUCGGG